GUGGGGAUGGAAUUCUGGGCAAGGUGGGCCCACAAAGCGCUUUGGCACGCUUCGUUGUGGUACAUGCACGAGUCCCACCACCGGCCUAGAGAUGGUCCCUUUGAACUUAAUGAUGUGUUCGCCAUUAUGAACGCCGUGCCCGCCAUCGCACUUAUGUCUUACGGUUUUUUUAAUCCCGACCUUCUCGCAGGUCUCUGUUUUGGCGCUGGAUUAGGAAUCACAAUGUUUGGAAUGGCCUAUAUGUUUGUCCAUGACGGACUCGUCCACCGUCGUUUUCCAGUUGGCCCUAUUGCAAAUGUUCCUUAUUUAAGAAAAGUUGCUGCAGCCCACCAACUACAUCACUCGGACAAAUUUCAAGGAGUGCCAUAUGGGUUGUUCUUGGGGCCAAAGGAAGUGGAGGUUGUUGGAGGAAUGGAAGAAUUGGAUAAGGAGAUUAAAAGAAGGAUUAAACUAUCCAAAAGUUCAUGACAUUUCAGUAUAGCAGAUUUCUUAAUUCCGUUCUUUGUAAGAUACGUAUAGAAUAGAGCAAAGAAAAUGGUUUGUUUU